GUAUUUUCAUUGUUAAACAAGCCUCAAAACAACCGUAAUACUGGUCAAUUCAAAUUCAAGCAUAGCAGCUAGCUAGCAUGUUUAAAUUGUAAUUUUGCUUCGCUGAUUGGGUAUUAUAAUUCUCAAACAUUUUCGUAUUUUCAUUGUUAAACAAGCCUCAAAACAACCGUAAUACUGGUCAAUUCAAAUUCAAGCAUAGCAGCUAGCUAGCAUGUUUAAAUUGUAAUUUUGCUUCGCUGAUUGGGUAUUAUAAUUCUCAUAAAACAAAGCAAUGGCUCAGCCCGUCCCGACUUUUUAUCCGACGGCGUCCCGGGUGACUGUCGGGCCGACGAAAGACGAGUUGAAAACAGUCGAAGAGACUAUGGAAAUGCUGAAGAAAGUGCCGAAGUUUGUCGACUUAUUCGAAGGCCGUCACAAAAUCAGAGACGAGUAUAUCAAACAAGCGUGUUUUGAUAUGAGUUUUGAUUUCGAUGUUGUCAAAACUCGCGGAAAGGAAGCGAUAACAUUUGACCUCGCAAAGAAAAUUGUGCUUGACGAGUUAUACCGAACGAAUCAAAUUCCCGAAUUGAAAGAAAAACGGGUCGUGAAAACCGAUUCGUCGGUCGAGCAAGGCCGAAUGUACUCCGUUGAAGCGAACGUCAAAACGCAUGGAAACUGCCAUGCUAUAACAUCAAGUCAAAAACACGAAGCAAAGAAACAAAAAGUGAAAUUUUUAGAAAAAGUUUCCGAAGAAAAGCCAAAACCUGGUACUGAAAGUCUAUUUCAAUCAGGAAGUACUUCUGGUAAGCCGCCACUCUCAAAGUUGGAUAAAUCCACAGGAUUUAAAAAAGAUAUUGCCACUCAGAGCAAAAUUUUCAAAGAUAUCGAAAAAAAGAAGAAAACAAUGACUUGGGAUGAAUACAUUUUGACGCGGGUGAGCAAAAACACAGCUAGAUGGAUUGUCACGAAUCAUGUCGACUCUGCGAAGCAAAAAGAGCACUUGAAAGAGUUUUUGGAGGAGCGUAAAGUUGGAUUUAAAGAGCAGGAAGAUUUGACGGUGGACGAUGAAAGCGUAUCUGGUGAACCGACUUCUCAAAAAUUUUUGGAACAAAUUAAGGUAAAACGCACUCCCACCACUUUAUCCGGAGACCCGAUCAAUGAAAAUUUGUCGAAGAAGUUUAAAUCUCUUUAUUAUAAACAAAAUUUUGCUGACGAAAAUGAAGAGGUUAAAAGAAUUGUUGCCCAGACCGAGAAUCGAACCGCAAUGAUAGAGCGACCUUCUAGCCACACUGAAACUACGAGCAACGCAAUCAACCGAAAAAAGAAGGCGAAACAGUUAAUGAGUCAUAAUAGAAGUGAGCACAAAUACGUGAACGAAAUAGUUGACGGUGCCAAAGUAGUGUUUCUAACUGAAACUAGCGAUGAAGUCUUUUUGGAUACCGGAAAUACGUAUACUGUCAAGAAAACAGAAAUCUAUCCUGAAGUCGAAACAAGUCCAAUUGGUCAAACUAAGGGUAAAAAACCGCGCUGGAAGGAAGUACCUCAACCGAAACUGGACAAAAGGAAAAUGAAAGCGGCCGAUGAAACUGAACUAGAACCUGUCAACAAUGAUGAUCAGUUAGUAGCUUUGGAUGAUGAAGGUCAGCAUCGAAAACUAAUAGUUCAAAGGUGGCUGAAACUUCACAAAAUUGGUUCUCUGUGGCAUAAUUCUGACGUCGGCGAUAUUUUCGAGAAACUGAAAAGCUUGGACAGUCGAGUUAGACUGGAAGCUUUAGGAGUCUGCGCUCAAGCAAGUGUGUACAGGUUGGAAAAAGUAUCAGGAAUCGCCGGAAUCAAUGGAGACGGUUUUGUGAUCGAAAGCGAAGAUCAAGGAUUCCUCCCUGAAAGCAUUUUAGAACUUGUCGAAAACUGUCUUAGUGAUGAGCUAGGAUACGUUCGCUUUGGCGCAGCUCUGACGCUUAUGAUCCAAGAUAAAUGUUCUGAAAAGAGUCACGAAAUUGUCGCCGAUCAUUUGCACAAAGUUAGUGCCACGUUUGAAGAGAAAAUAAUCGCUGCGUUGGUGCUUACUUACUCCGGUUAUGUUAAUUCAAAGAUCGCGAAUGUGUUCAUCGAGUGUAUGCUUCAGGCGUCUGAAAAAUCCGAAAUGGAUCUAUGCAUUUCUUCUCUGGCUAAAUUAAGCGACAGCACACGAGUUAUACACUGUCUAAUAGGCGAACAGUUAAACAGUACUAGUUGGAAGUACCGCUUUCUGGCGUGUAAAAUUCUACCAAGUUUGCGAGGUCCGCCGAAUAAAGACAUAACCCGAAAACUUGUUCACUUAAUGUGGCAUGACAUUGACCAAAACGUUCGUUCCGAAGCGGCCGUUGCUAUUGGUAAGUUGCAUCUCGGAACCCACGUUCAUAACAAGCUAAUGUCACUGUACAAAGAAACUGACCGAGAUACAAUUCUAGACGCUGUUGUUAGAACCGGUCAAUUAGGGAUAAUGACAGAAAAACUGCUGCCGCAUUUCCUGAAGUGUUUUAAGCACGACUACAUAAGCGUAAGAGUCGCAGCUUGCAACACAGCUAGUGGCUUGAUGUUAAGAGAAAAAAGGAUACUCAGCACUCUUGAGCAUUCGGCUCAAUUUGACCCAAGUGACAAGGUCAAAUCUGCAGCCAUAGAUGCAUUAGCGCAUAUCGGUAAGUCGAAUGCUCAGUUAGCCUCAAUUAUUUUAUGGUGUGUGCGGUGGGCGAAUGAUAUAAAUGUUGUAAUUUCGGCUGCUCGAGCCAUCAUUAAAUUGAACAUCAGAAAUGGCGAAGUUAUCAACGUCAUCCAGGAAAGACUUCUGAGUUUGAAGGAUCAAAAUGUGAUCGAUGAGCUGAAAGCUGUGAUUGAGUGGCUUGGCGAUGACCCUUCGGGUGACCUUGAAAUGAUCCGAACGCUGAAAGAGGAAAUCCGAAAGCAAUCGACAAAAGAAAAUAUCAUCAAAUUGAUAACCGUCUUAGAAGAAGACGACCAACUUAAAACAUGCCAUGAUAAAAUGCUCUUCAAGGGUCAGGACGGAGCUCAAGGAGUUCGUUCUGAUGGGAUCGAAGAAGUUGAAAAAAGUCAGCAGAGUUCAAAAGAGGACAAGAGUUUCCAAGAUUUGGGCUCGAGUCUCGGCGCCGCUUUGAACCCAGGAACCUCAAUAAAUGGCCAAAAUAAAACUGAAAUUCAAGGAGAAUUCGAACUUGACAAAGGCCCUGACGAGGAUGUCGAAGAUCUAGAAUUGGUUGAAGAAGAAGCUGACGAGAGGGAAUCAGUCGUCAGCGAAUCAGAUUACGAUUCAGGUGAAGACGAUGAUGACGUCAUGGAUAAUGACGAACUCAAACUAAGACUUCAAGAUGCACAGUCUAAUUCGGGAUCCCUGAAAUACAGAGAAGAAGCCACUCUAAGUGGGAAGACUACAUCUCAAGGAGCUCCGUCCAGAACCACAUCCUCCAAUGGUCCUCCAAAACCAGAUUUCUUUCGAAGUCUAGCACUGUCUCGAGCAAGUUCAAACAAGGAUCAACAAGAUAAAGAUACCAAAACUGAAUGAAAAUAAAUUUAUAAAAAAUCCUUUCUUCUUACUU